UAUGUAAACAAAGGUAACGUUCUCAAGAAAGGGAUUACACCGCCUAGUUAGUUCUCACGUUAUAAAUCUGUUACCGCACUGUCAUCAUGACAUUAUCGCUGCUUGCUAGUUGUUGGUAAACAGGUUCAAUUAUUUCAGGUGAAUUUGGAGUAUGGAAAGUAGGUCAAUUCGUGAUAAGUGAUACGAUGACAUUGUUUUGAUGAAAAAAAAAUCACGGUGCCAGAAAUUUGGAUAGAUUACAAAGAUCAUGAGUUUAGAAACUGUCGACAUCUUGGAUAACAAUAAUACACCUCUUAUGGACUGUGGCACUGUUCAUAACCUGAAAAGAAGAAGGGUAGAAGACGAAUACACAGAACAGCCCUCGGAAACAACUUCCUUAUACAGGAAGCAUUUUAUCCCAAUCAGUCGAAACAGUGGUGUUUUCUCCACAACAAACUGGAAAGAUAGUGGUACAGCCAUUUUCUGUCCUGUCACGCAUGAUUUGUUUUUGAAUAUUCAUAAAUAUGACCAAAUCACCACUACCCAGGGGAAUUUCUUCGUUGGAAAUGUAGAAGGAAAUUACGAGAAGACUAUAACAGGCAAUGUAGUUCACCUCUGGAAACAUGACAAAACACAACGACAGUUUUACAUUGCGCAAUCCUUACUCUUCGCUGUGCCACAGGAUUUUGCCAUUAUGCAGAAAAUUUUACAUUCCGUUUGAAUGCUGAAAUGCAAUAGCAGAUUUCACAUCAUUUGUUGCCAUAAACCACCGUGCUCUAUAUCAGUAUUCCGAAGCCAAUACCCUAGCAUUUCUUACUGACAUUUCAGCAAGCAAGGGAGGCUAACAAAACUCUUUUCACUGCAUGACAUACAUAGAGGCUUAUAAAGUGUCUUUUCCACGCCAGAUUCAUUUAGGAAGGAAUAGUUAAAUAAACUUAUGUGCCUUUAAGACAUCUAGCAUUUUCAUUAUUUUCUUAUACAUAUCACAGAGAGUGUAACAGUACGGUGACUGGUAAAGGACAUGUAUUAGAAAGUUAGAAAAACAAUUUUAGGAAAAGGAAUAUAGAUAUAUGUCUUGUAUGAUCAAGAUUUUAUUUUGUAUGGAAAUUGAGUGCAUGAAUUUAAUUCGCAUGAAAAUUCAGUACAUGUAU